AUGUCUCAAAUUGAAACGACUGUCGUGAGUAAUACCAAUACUAAAAUCGAUCCCAUGGAAGUAAUAAUGGAUAAUAAUGUUGUUGAUGAUGUUGCUGAAACAUCCUCUGCAUUAGCUGUAUCUAAUGGAUUAAAAAAUAGAUCUGUAAAUGUAAGUGAAAUGACUUCAAUGGACUACUAUUUUGAUUCAUAUGCUCAUUUUGGUAUACAYGAAGAGAUGCUUAAGGACGAAGUACGAACUCUCACAUAUAGAAAUUCUAUGUAUUACAAUAAACAUUUACUUAAGGGUAAAAUUGUGUUAGAUAUUGGUUGUGGCACUGGAAUUUUAUCUAUGUUUGCUGCUAAAGCUGGUGCAGCCAAAGUAAUAGGUGUAGAGUGUUCCAACAUUGUAGAAUAUGCUAAACAAAUUGUAGCAGAUAACCAUUUAGACCAUAUUGUAACAAUAAUCAAAGGAAAAGUUGAAGAAAUAGAGUUACCUGAUGGUAUUACCAAGGUAGAUAUUAUUAUAUCAGAAUGGAUGGGCUAUUGUUUAUUUUAUGAGUCUAUGUUGGAUACUGUACUUUAUGCAAGAGACAAGUGGUUAAAAGAAGAUGGAAUGCUGUUUCCUGAUCGUGCAAAUUUAUUCAUAACUGGUAUUGAAGAUAGACAAUAUAAAGAUGACAAAAUUAACUGGUGGGAAAAUGUGUAUGGAUUUAACAUGAGUGCCAUACGUAAUGUUGCUAUAAGUGAACCAUUAGUAGACUGUGUAGAACCUAAGCAGGUUGUAACAAAUUCAAGUUUGUUGAAAGAAGUAGAUUUGUAUACAGUAAAAAAAGAAGAUUUAACGUUUACUGCUCCAUUUAAUCUUCAAGUCCGUCGCCAAGAUUAUGUGCAUGCAUUAGUUACUUAUUUUACUGUUGAGUUUACCAAAUGUCAUAAACGUAUAGGCUUUUCAACAGCUCCAGAAUCACCUUAUACUCAUUGGAAACAAACAGUGUUCUACCUGGAUAACUAUUUAACUGUGAAAAGAAAUGAUGASGUGUAUGGCACUUUUUCAAUGUGUCCUAAUGAACGCAACACUCGAGAUAUGGACUUUGUUAUUGACAUCGAAUUUAAAAAUGAUGUUAACGAUGUGACCGAAUCUAAUAAAUACCGUAUGCGUUGAUAGCAUUAA